CCGUCCAUCCGUUGGGGUAGGUUAACCGAGCCCGCGGCACCAGAUGAACCUGCAAUAAUCGCCGCUGCCGCCACCGACGCGACGCACACAGACCGGUCCGCGCAGUGUCUCGCCUCUCGCAGUUGUACUUGUGCGCUUUUUGUGUGUCGAUCACGUGCGGGUUUCGUUUGUUUUUUUUUUUUUUGCACUUCGUAUUUCUGUAAUCGCCUUUACGCACUAUAUUGCCGCACCGCAGUGUGUACACCGAUAGAAACAAUAUCGGUACCUGUUUUAUCGAUGCUCGUCGUUCGCGUAUAAUUUUUAAUAUAUAAAGUGUUCCGAGAGACUUAUAGCGCUCGUCCGACUCGGUUGAUAUUAACAUCAAUUUUUUUUCAUCGUCGUUGAAAUGCUGUUAAUUAUCACGAAUCGCACACCGUCGUCGUCUCUAUCACCGAUCACGGCAUCAUCGACGAUUUAAACCUCGAAGAAAGUCGUACACUUCACUCUCCGAGACUCGCCACACAUUUUUACCAACCGGCUCGACUUACAAAUGACUUAUUGUUGAUCGACCAUCAGAGAAAACUCGAGCUUAAACAAAAAAUGUUUUUGGAAAACGAACACCAGCCAAUCAUUAGCCAUUCGCAAUACGACCUCGCACGUCCGCUUGAGCACCAUCAUCAUCAUCACCUCAAUCAUCACGCCGCGUCCAAUCACCUGCAGUCGAGUACCGAUCACCUGCAAGACGACUCGGAAGGCCGGAGUUCGGCCAGCUCUCCGACGUCCAGCUAUCGCGACCUGUCCGGGUGCGAAGAUUUUGACCUGAAAAUCCCGAAACCGUCCGGUCCCGGGUCCGGCACCGGUGGUAACAACAACAACAACAGCCACAACAACAAUAACAACAACAAGGAACAAAAACCGAAAAAGCACAAGUGCAAACACUGCGGACUCGAGUGCACGGAAAAGGUGCAAUACUGGAAGCACAUCCGCACGCACAUCAAACCCGAACAGUUGUUGGAGUGUCCGAACUGCGAGUUCGCCACCGACCUGAAACACCAUUACGAAUACCACCUGCUGAACCACACGGGCGCCAAGCCGUUCACGUGCCCGGACUGCGACUACAAGUGCGUGAGCAAGUCGAUGCUCCAGUCGCACCUCAAGUCGCACUCGAACGUAUUUCAAUUCCAGUGUUACGACUGCGGGUACGCAUCCAAAUACAUGCACAGCCUCAAGCAGCACUUAAAGAAGCGCGACCACCGACCGGCCACGCCGCUCAACCCGGAUGGCACGCCGAACCCGGACAUUGUCAUCGACGUGGUGGGCAACCGGCGAGGUCCUCGGCAAAACAAGAAGCAGAACCGCCACAAUCCGUAUCAGCAACAGCAUCAGCAACAGCCGCAGCAGACGGUGUGCUCGUCGCAGGACGACGGCGGCAGCAGCAGUGGCGGACAUCCGUCGCCGUACUCUAUGCAACAGCUGUUGCAAAUGCCGUCUUCAAAUGUCUCCUACUCGACCUCGGCCGAGUCGUUCAUGUACUCGAUGAUCACCAAGCGCUCCAUGGAGAUGGUCGACUACCAGGCCGCCGAAUACAUGGCCAUCAAGAACAACAACAAUAACAACACUUCGUCGGUGGACGACAAGAUGGACGUACAGCAGCAGCACCACCUCCACCACCAUCACCAACCACAACACAACCACAAUCACCAUCAUCAUAAACGCGGUCAUCAAUACCAUCCGGACGACGUGGUCAGUGCGGAAUUGGCCAGCGGCGGCGAUCGGACGCCUGAACCGCAGGCGCCGCCGCCCGUACUGGCCGUCGCCGUCCCGUCGCCUCCGCCCGCUUUGUUGUCCGUCGUCGAGUCGGGACCGUUGAACUUGAGCAAAGAUUCGGUUACGCCUCGCGCCGCUGGCAGCAGUCGGCGCAAGGGGAUCGCUUGCAAGCUCGAGCGGCCGGCAACCGAAUCUCAACCCAAGUCGGUGCCAGUGGUGAUGGUUCCGUCACCGCCGGCGGUUCCGAUGGAUUGCUGUACCACCGAACCGCGGGGAACUGCAAUGGACCAGAUUUCGCCGCCGAUAAAGGAAGAAUUUUACCCGCACUAUCAUCAUCAUCAGCAACAGCAGCAGCUGCAGACGUCGUCGUCUUCGACUCCCGAAAAAGAAGACAAGGAAGACGAGACGCACGUGUGCCACCACUGUGACAUAAUAUUCAAGGAGAACAUUAUGUACUCGAUGCACAUGGGAUUCCACAGCUUCAGGGACCCGUUCGCGUGCAACCUUUGCGGCGAGAUAACGGCCGACAAGUUUUCGUUUUUCGCUCACAUAGCGCGCGUACCACACAGUUAAGACUGCGACGAGGAGGAACACCGCACCGCCCAGCUGCUGCAGUCACGAUAAGAUAUAAUAUUUUAAUAGAGUACAAAUUUUAUGACAAUUAACCCUUUAGGUAUAUAAUAUAGGAUUUAUCGUAAGAAAAAUGAAAACAGAUUAAAAGUAUAAAGUAAUAUUACACACUUCUUUCUUUCUAACUACUAUAAUCACUUUUAAAUGCGCAGUUGCAUAGCACUUAACGCUUUGUACAAAUGAAAAUUUUUUUGGGCAUCGAGCUCAAAAAGAUUUUCAUUCGUAUAUGCGUUUCCCAGUGUCAAUGUGUUCACGGUGUUGUAAAGCCGGUUCCGGUUCUUAAACGUUGACAAUUUAUCAACUUUUAAGAAUCGGCAACCGUGACUUCAAAUCGUGAUUGCGCAUUUAUCGCUGACUUAUAGUUGUAGACGUAUAUCGUUUUAAAUAAUAAUAGUUGUUUAAUUGUUUAUCGUUUUAAAUAUUUUUUUUUCGUCACAUAUUUCUCGGAGAUAAAAUUUUAAUCAUUUUUUAAUUUUCUUUUCGAGAAAUAACAAAAGUUUAACGAUUUAAAAAUAUUUAACUCGUGUUUUCAUUGUUAAGUAAAAAUUAUUAGUAAUUUUAAUACAUUUUAAUUAUCCUUAAUACAACUUUUUUAAAUAACCAACUUAAGAAUAACGUAAUAAUAACAAUUUUGAAUUUUUUACGUUUAAAUACCGUAAUACCUCAUCUUCCCAAUUAUUUUUAUUGUUUUAUCUAGUCGUCCCCUAUUUCUCCUCGUAUACUAUAGUUAGUAUCGUGUAUAUUUAUGCACUAAUGAUAGAUACUAUGUAAAAUUUAAAAUUAAAAAAAAACUUAUUGGUUUAUAUAUUUGUUGUGAUAAGGUUGUUUUAUGACGGAAUAUCGUCAAAUUAUAUAAGUAUAAGUUAAAUUAAACUGAUCUGCCGAGUAGGCAAUUUUUUUUUUUUUUUAGUUUUUUAAAUUGUAAAUGUUUAAAGUUAUGAAUUUUAUUGUUGGUGCUUGAAUGUCUUGUAUAAAUAAAAUCUCAAUCACGGCAUUAAUGGAAGAUCUAGUCAAUCUUUUAUAACCUCAUGUCUCUCCAAAAUAUGCCCGUCUGUAUGGGGUGUGCGCGGAAUUUUGCUCGAUCUUGGAUAACUUUUGAAAUUUGUGUUAAAACUCUCGCGCACAUGUCUUCACAUGCAUCAGGACUAAUUCUUAGAAAUGUAAAAAUAUAAUAGUCUGUAAAUAUUAAUUUCAUAGUAUGUACGUUAAUACACUACAUAAUAAUAAUUUAUUUUAAAUUAAAUACAUCAACAAUGAUAUAAUAUUUGUUAUAACCAAUAUAAUAUUAUUAAUUAUAACUAAAUUUUUAUUGUUUUUGUGAUUAGAUUGUUCGUAAUUAACCCUAUUCUCCCUCAUACUGUGAUUUUAAUUAAGACUAAAAAUUUCUUGAAAAUGCCGUCUUGAAUAAUAAUAAUUAAUUGUAACAAACUAUCGUAUAAUAUUAUGUAAUAAUUAAUAUACAUCUUUUACGAGAUUGCGUUUUCAUGUAACAUAUUAUAUAUAUAUAAUAUACCGUGUGUGUGUAGAGACCUAAAGUCUGAUCUUUGUAUAGCAUUCUAACGUUUUUGUCAUCAGAUCGUCUUAUUUUAUAUGACAUAUUAUAUAUAUA